AUGGGUGGACGGCAAUCGUCCGUGGCCGAGGACAGGCCCCGCUCAAAUUCCGUCGACGCUACCAAUGCUUCACGAGGUCAGGAUGAUCAAUCCAGAAAUCCGAGCAGAUCGGUGAUGACGGCAGCUGAAUUCUUGCAGACAAUACGAAAUACUCGUAUAGUUGGAUCAUCGUCGGAUUCAAACGGGUCUGAGGAUGACGCUGGUCCUUCAACACUUCAUCCGCAUCCGAUGAGAUUGCGCCCUCACGGUGGUCCCAUCUUCAGUCACGCACGAACUGGUCGGUUGCGAGGUAACUUUAGUAGACGCUCGAUGCCUGUUUUUAUGAUGGGUGUUGAGGACAUGACUUGUCCGAUUUGUCACAAAACUGUUCCCUCUGACGAAGCAGACGUCCACCUUGUAAUGUGCCUUACUAGACCAAAAAUUACAUAUAAUGACGAUGUUCUUACAGAGGAUAAAGGCGAAUGUUCAAUUUGCCUUGAAGAAAUGCUUACUGGAGCUAUUAUCGCCCGUUUGCCUUGCCUUUGCAUAUACCAUAAACAGUGCAUUGAUGAUUGGUUUAAACGAAAGAACUGCUGCCCAGAGCAUCCUGGAGAUGAUUAA